AUGACUGAAUCGAAAGUGUGCCUUAUUACAGGUACUUCGUCAAAUUUGGGGAUAAAUAUUGCGUACCGUAUUCUUAAAGAAACGCCUAAAUCUACUAACUUAACUUUCAUAGUGACAUCAAGAACAUUACCUAAAAUAACAGAGGUUAUCACACAAAUCCAGAAAUAUGCUUACGACAAUGUGUCAGACAGAACUGGUCAAUUGGAAUUCGAUUACUUAACUGUAGACUUCUCUGAUAUGAUAUCGGUACUCAGUGCCUAUUAUGAGUUGAACAAAAAAUUCAAGAAGAUCGACUACGCUUUUAUCAAUUCAGCACAAGGUGUGUACUCGGGAAUUGAUUGGAUCGGAGCGGUGAAAGAAAUAUGCACCAGUCCACUUGAAGGGGUGACGAACCCAACCUACAAGUUACAGAGAAUCGGCGUGAAGAGUGCCGAUGGUAUGGGAUUGGUGUUCCAGGCUAAUGUAUUUGGUCCAUACUAUUUGAUUCACAAGAUUAAGCAUCUCUUAAAAGACGGAGGGAAGAUCAUUUGGAUCUCAUCGUUGAUGGGACAAUCUAAAUAUCUCUCCUUUGAUGAUUUGGAAUUAGUGCAGAGUCCGGCACCCUAUGAAGGCUCUAAGAGACUAAUUGACCUAAUGCAUAGUGCCAGCUUCCGUUCUUUGCUGAAGGACUUUGGUAUCCAGCAGUAUUUGGUUCACCCAGGUAUAUUCACUAGUUAUUCGUUCUUCCAAUACUUAAAUGUGUUCACUUACUAUGGUAUGUUGAUGCUUUUCUAUAUCGCCAGAUUUCUCGGAUCACCAUGGCACAAUAUCUCUGGGUAUACCGCUGCCAAUGCUCCAGUCUACUGCGUUAAGGAAGCUAACGAGCGUGAGUUAGAAAAAUUUCAGCCAUUAAAAAUCGGAUCUGCUACAACAAGACGUGGUGAAGAAUAUUUAGUUCGUGAAGAGGUUGACACUACAGGAAGUGAAGAUGUAGUAGCAUAUUUAGAGAAAUUGUGUAAAGAAUGGGAUGCAAAGUUGGCAGACCAAAUUGUCAAUACCAGACAACCAUAG